UUAAUUUGCCUGCUCUCGAUUCCAUUCAAGUUCGUCCGUCCAUCAUGAAGGUGAACGCGAGCGGGUUCAUCAACCUACAUAAGCCAAGCGGGUUGACAUCGCACGACUGUGUGGCGAAACUGCGUCGCAUCCUAAAGACCAAGAGCGUCGGGCACGCAGGGACGCUCGAUCCCAUGGCGACGGGAGUGUUGCCAAUUGCAGUGAAUCGCGCGACGAAAUUCAUUCAGUUCCUGGACAAGUCGAAGGCGUACGAUGGAACCAUUCGAUUUGGUGUCACGACCGAUUCUGACGACAUCACUGGGAAUAUCUUGCACGAACGGCCCGUACCAUGGUUAACCAAAGGACGAGUUGACGAAGAACUCAAAGCCUUUGUUGGUCAAAUCACACAGCGCCCUCCGAUGGUGAGCGCAUUUCGAAAGGACGGCGAACGAAUGUACAAUCUCGCGAGAGCGGGCAAGAUCGAAUUGGAGGAUGUCCCGUUGCGCACCGUCACCGUCGAUUCCAUCACAACUCUCUCGUUCACGACUCAUCCUUCGUUUCCAGAGGCAACGGUCCACAUUGUGUGCAGUGAAGGCACUUACAUUCGCUCGAUUGCUCGCGAAUGUGGCGAACGUAUCGCGCAUCCGACAUCAUCACUGCAGGAAAAGAGUGACGAGGUUCCGUCGUAUGCCGGCGCGACUCUUUCCAUGCUCCACCGUACCCAGAGCGGCGGCUUCCUCAGCUCAUCUAGCACCACACUUGACGACAUCGCUGCUUCGGUCAAAGACGGAACGUUAACGUUGCAACCGAUUGAAGCUGCUUUGCCGCCAUCACUUCCAAUCUGGACAAUUGAUGCACCCACCGAGCGUCGAUGGAUCGGUGGCAUGUCUGUCGAGUGGAAUGCCGGCGACGACUCCACUUUGAUCAACUGGAAACGACCUCUGCAAGAUCCAGGCCUGGUAUCUGUUUAUCGCAUGACGGACGGCGAAUUCCUCGGUGUGACGUCGCUCUUUCGGACGACCAAGGCGGACGGACACUUCGUCGUCUCGGGCCCACGUGUUAUUGUCGAUCCUCUCGACUGGCGCAAUUCAAAAUGAAUCGCAUGAGUUCCGCGUUAUGGUUGGUAAAAGUCCUC